AUGUCGGUUUCUGGGUCCGGUUCCAAUUCUAAUAUCAAGUCCAAGUCCCGCCUCGGGCUCCUCGAACGACAGAUUCUGCAGGCGAAUCCCAUUCUUGAAGCGUUCGGCAACGCGCAGACGCAGCGGAAUAAUAAUUCGAGUCGGUUCGGAAAGUUCGUGAGGAUCAGUUUCGCGCCAGACGGGAGCAUCGCGGGCGCGAAUAUCGAUUGGUAUUUGUUGGAGAAGAGUAGGGUUGUGAUUAGGAGUGAGGCGGAGAGGAGUUUUCAUGUGUUUUAUCAACUCAUUGCGGGUGGUGGGGCUAUCAAAGGGGUAGAUACACUGCUUCUUGACGGUGGUGUUGAGGACUACGAAUAUCUCAAUAAGAGCCGUCGCGAAGUCGAUGGUAUCGACGACUACGAAGAAUGGAAUGCUCUCAAGUCCGCCCUCGAAACCGUCGGCUUUUCUGCAUCCGAACAAAUGGACCUCUUCCGCAUCGUCGCCGCCAUCCUCCACCUCGGCAACAUCACCAUCACCGCCAGCCGCAACGACGACGCCACCAUGCCCACCCCCUCCCAAUCCGAACGCGCCUGUCACCUCCUCGGCAUCCCCCCCUCCGAAUUCACUCGCGCCCUCCUCCGCCCCCGCGUCCUCGCCGGCCGCGAAUGGGUCACCCAAGCCCGCACGCGCCAACAGGCGCUCGAAGAGCUCGGCGCGCUCUGCAAG